AUGAUGGAUCAAGAAAAUUCGGACAAUUUUUUUCAGUCGGUAUACGCCAAUGUUGCUAGUAAUUUAGAACCAGCAUCUCGUACACUGAGACAACGACGGUGGCGUGAUAAUCGAAAAAGUAGACCUAAUCCAACUCAAUUAUCUUCGCUGAUUCCACCUGUUGAACCUAUUAAUGAACCACUAUUGAAACAUCAUCCAUUUUGCAUGACGACGAUGAUGAUGACAACGACGACGACGACGACGACGACGACGACACAUUUUAAUAAACAUUUUUUAAAUCGAAAAAAUUGUUUUCACUUUUUGUUCCUCGUCUUUAUUUCUUGUUAA